AUGGAGGCAAUGCUGAACCAGUUCAUGGGCGAGGACAGCGGAAUGCUGGGGAGCGCGGAUGAAGGCGACGCCUCACUCCUCACGGCCGAACUUGCCGGGGCUGUGGAUGGGGACAAUGACCAACCGUCACCGCAGGCUCUCCUCCCAACCUUUGACAUGCCCGAAGGCGAUCGUGAAGACGAUAAUGACGAAGAUGAUGAAGAUGAAGGAGAGGUGGAAGAGGAGGAUUACGCUGGGGCCGGUGACGACAAUGGUGGUGGUGGUGGUGGUGAAGAACUCAGCUUGUUGCCCGAGAGCGCGGAGCCAACGGCCGCCGAGGCCGGCGAUCGAGGAGAGGAAGAGGGGGAGGAGGAGGAGGAGCAGGAACCAGCAGCAGGUGGCCAAGACGUCGUAGGUGGAGAGGAGGACAUGGACCUGGAGAGGCCCGAAGGCGAGGGCGACGGCCUCGAGGAAGAAGAGCACACCAAGAACGAAAACGAAGAAAACGAAAAGGACGAGGCGGAGCGGUCGCGCGAUGAGCAGGGGGAGGAGGAGGAGGAGGAAGGGCGCGAAGGCGAAGGCGGAGACACAACAGAGAAGCCGGAGGACGCCGGCGAAGGAGGAGAGGAGGAGGCAGAGCACGAGGAGCCGCGCGAGGAGCUGCCCAAGGUGCGCAAGUGGACCAAGAAGUGGGUGUCCGUCGGGCACCUCAAGCUCUACAAGUGGGUCCCGCUGGACGGUAAUCUGCCCAAGAAGCUGCCCGUGUUGGUGCAGCAGCCCGUGGGCAAGGUCAGCAAGAAAGAGCAGAAGGAGCUUGCCCGCACGCAGCGCCUGCUCAACGACAACGCUCCCAUCACCCGAAGCGUCACCGCUGCCUUCAAAGAGAAGCACCAAAAGGAACAGCAGCAACGGAGCAAGCGAGAUGCGCGCCGCAAGACGUCUCCAUCAGCAUCGCGAAGCACCCGGAGCAGCUCGCGGCUUCGAAACAAAGAAAACAAGGAAAUCUUCUCACAGAUAUCCGAGGACAACAUCAUCACGCCGCAGCGCCUCACCGACGAAGCCCGCGGAAGGAAGCGCAAGGCCAGCUCUGAGGCCGCUGAGGCCGGCGGCGAGACCGAUGCCGAUAUGCUCUCUGCCCCCGCACCGCCCGGCGGAGGUGGUUUGAUCACGAACGACGUGCCACUGGCGCUGCCUGUGCCAGUUUCGCUGUCCCUCACACCAGCCGACGCAGCCAAAGAGCGACGCCUCUACUAG